AUGCGUAUUCUGAUGGUCGGUCUUGAUGCUGCUGGUAAGACCACAAUUCUGUACAAGCUCAAACUUGGGGAGAUUGUCACGACCAUCCCUACCAUUGGCUUUAAUGUUGAGACUGUUGAGUACAAGAACAUCAGCUUCACUGUCUGGGAUGUUGGGGGUCAGGACAAGAUCCGUCCAUUGUGGAGGCACUACUUCCAGAACACCCAGGGUCUCAUUUUCGUGGUGGAUAGCAAUGACAGGGACCGUGUGGUCGAAGCUAGGGAUGAAUUACACAGGAUGUUAAACGAGGAUGAGUUGAGGGAUGCUGUACUACUCGUGUUUGCCAACAAGCAAGAUCUCCCUAAUGCGAUGAAUGCUGCUGAAAUAACUGACAAGCUUGGCCUUCACUCUCUCAGGCAGCGCCACUGGUACAUCCAGAGCACUUGUGCUACCUCUGGUGAGGGGCUGUAUGAGGGGCUCGAUUGGCUCUCCAACAACAUUGCCAACAAGGCUUAA